CGAUCAUUGAAGCACAUAGAAUGACCAUAUUGGGAAGUGUCAAUCACACACUAUUUAGGCGUUUGAUCCCUGAUUCCACAUUUGUGUAACAUCGUACCUGUCACCUGACAGCUUUGCGCUACACCUUACCGUACAUCAAAGACACACAGAAUGGAUGCUGCAACUUUGCUUAUCGUCACUGAUGAAGACAGGGAUCCACAGAAUAAUAACGCUUAUUUGAAGGUGGCUUAUUCAGAUGUGGUCUGCGAGCCAACAGCAGUUCGUAGCCCGCAGUGCGUUCACCAGUUUACCAAAACAAUUUAUGAAGGCACCAUCCUUGGCACAUACUCGGUACUUACCAUUGUGUUCGGCGGUCUUCUGUCCUUUAUCUAUGGCUUGAUUUCUGGUUCCCUGAGCUUUUUAAUGAUUUGGGUGGCCUCUCCAUCUGCCCGCUUGUUUUUGAUCCCAUUGGGGCUGUGGGGUAAAAUCUGGAAAUUUAUUGUUAUUUGCUUCUACGAUCCCCUGUACGAGUCAUGUGGCAGGAUCUUCUCCAAUGUCAACAUAAACUUUAAUACCAGAGCUAUCGAACAUGUGUAGUUAUUUAAUGUUCGACGGUUACUCGAUGGUCACCUUAUAUUAUGUCAUAUCUAAACAUACAAUAAAAUACCGAUAUGUUUGCGUUGUUGACCAACUUGA